CCGUACUACAAAAGAAGACUCUUAAAGCCUUCGAAAACCGAUUAUUUUGUAGUGAACUAAUUUUCACACACUGAAGUUAGUUCAUCUAAUGCAAGUUGACUUUGAUGGCAGCUAUGACGUUAUUGAAUUUUAAAUUGUGGAUGGUUUGUUGUAUAACAUUGGUCACAGCAAAGAUGUGUUUAGCUGAUGAAAUAUAUCACUUUGCGUGUCCUCCAUUUUGGGUUCCAUUCCAAAAAAGUUGCUACCGUAUAUUCGGGACCAAGUUGAACUGGGCAGCUGCAGAAGCCCGCUGCAACAGACACUUCAACGGGUACGAUAUGGGCCAUCUGGUAUCUCUCCGAAAUGAAGCCGAAAAUAAAUUCGUCUCAAAACUCUGGGAUUCAUCUACUGGUGGAUUGGCAGCCAAAUCUGACUAUACCUUCUGGAUUGGACUGACAGAUGCAGGUUACGAAGGUCGGUGGGUUUGGACGAACAACAACCAGUUGGCAACAUACACAAGUUGGCAUAAAAAUCAACCUGACAACUAUCAAAACGAAGACUGCGCUCACCAAUGGAAACGAGAUCCAAAUCUAGGUACUUGGAAUGAUUAUCCAUGUACUGCUGAACUAUUUUAUGUCUGUGAGCUGCCUCAGAAUAAAUAGUACGUCUACAUAACAAGAGAAAACGCCAUGUUACAUAUUGGUAACUAUAUAUGAUAAACCUAAAGCACGCUGAAUAUUACCGAAAAUGUUUGCCGACUAAGAUAUGGCUGCAUUCAUCAAAACAUACGUAAAUGAUUAUUAUAUGCUUACAUGAAUAUACAUUACAACAUAUAAAUUAUAUGUAGGCUUACAUACACAUUUCUUGUUACACUAUAAGCCAACAUACAUUAUAUUGAUGAUUAUAUUAAACUUUCAAUUCAUUAUGCCAUGUGGUCUCUGAAUGUUAUAUUGCAUUUAGUAUACUAUUAACUAUAGAUAAGUAUAUAUAAAU